CCUUGCCUAACCUAUAAAAUGUGCAAGUGUUUGACAUUAAUUUUCAUUAGAAAAAUAUUUGAUCUGCAAGGCUGCUUUGGCCAGUGGAUGGUCAAUGGUUUUCCCGUAGUUCCGUGUUUAUAUAGACCAAAAAUGCAGGAUCCGUUAGAAAAUUAUCUAAAAACAGCUCGAAAUGCGCAACAAGACGAGCCACUGAAAAUUAGCAAGGAAAUGCUGGCGACUGCACAACGCAAGAAAGAGUGCGAUAACAGAGCCAUGAAAAUUAUUCACUUUUCCAUCGAGGGCAAGCUGAAGCCUGAAGUUUUUACCAGAUGUCUUCCUUUCAUAAACCAAGCAUACUAUCAAGACAUAGUAGAGGAAAGAGCUGUGGCAAAGCUUUGUGGUUACUCUCUCUGUGGCAAGAGAAUUCCAGAAAUGCCUAAAAAACAGUACUUUAUUUCCACUAAAAGCAACAAAGUGUACGAUAUUACAGAGAGAAAGAACUUCUGUAGCAAUUUCUGCUACAAAGCAAGCAUUCACAUCAAAAAACAGAUUGACAAUAGUCCCUUGUGGCUGAGAAAGUUAGAGGACAUUCCCGAAUACAAACUACUACCGUCAUCAGAAACGGGCUUGCCCGGAGAUGUGAUAGACCAAGGAGUGGUAAAACCAGUGCAAUGCGAAUUGAACUUCACGUCUGUAUCCAGUUUUGCCGAAGCUUCUUUGGGCGAUAUUAAAAAGAAAGGCCCAGAGUCUGGCAAGACUUCGGGCUUUAAAAAGUCAUCCAGAUUAAAAUCCACUAUGCAAACUAUCAAGGAGACUGAAGUUGAAGAGGAAAUCACAGUCGAACACAUGAGCAAGACCGAAAAGACGCAAACUCAGAAAAGAUCGGUUAAAACCAACAAAAUGAACUGUAUCGUCAGUUUGCCUUCCAUAAAGGAAAAUGAGGUGGUUUCAUCGCCCAUAGAAAUCAGUAUUAAACAUCAGGCAAAAAGAAAACCUACUGAUGGCUUUAAAUUAAUUGACAUAGAAGGGGUAAUUCGGAAUGCAGUCGCAGAUUGGAUCACUCUAGACACUUGCAUGUUCGUUCAUGGAGAGGCCAAGGUGAAGAGCGUGUUAAAUGAGAAAAAAAUGGAGAACUACUUUGAGGACUUACACAUCCAAGAAUUGCAACGAGAACAGCAGAUGAAGUACAUGGAAAUAUGCAGGCGUUUGCAAUUUCGAGAGAUGGCCGAUGAGAAAUUUGAUAAGGCCUUAGUGGAGGGACAUAAAUUGAAACCAUUGCCGGAUUUUAAACAGUUGAAAGAAAACACUAUAGACAUGAAAAUCAAGGUGAGAUCAUUUUAUGGUGGAACCAUGUAUGAGCAAACGGAUAAUAAUUUUCCAAGUCAAACAAACAAGUCAAUACAGAAUGCGGAUCUCGAAGAUGGACCGCCGGCCGUUCUGCCUCCGGUUGAUGCAAAUUCCCAAAAACUUAUGCGCAGAAAAAUAUUUUUAACGUCUGCCAGCAAGGCAGUACAGCAACUACUGCAAAUCCUUGGAGCUCCUUCGUUCACACCUAUAAUAGCAGAACUUCAAGCAUUGGCAAGAACCUUUGCCUUGAAGGCCAACAACAUAACAUUCAAGCCUUUAGUGUGGAAUUACAUUGCUGUGGUGCUGCUAGACUUGCUUUCCGUUAAAGAUACGGAUUUGCGAGAGAUACUGCAGGAUUGUAGAUCUCAGGAAUAUAUUCGCAUGCUUUUUGAAGCUCUGCCGAGUAAGAAAAACUUCGUUCCUAGUGUCCUGAGCAAUGUGAUAAACGUAGACUUGUUCGUUGAGCAAUAUAUCACUAAGAACAGCUAGUGAUACUGAUUAUAUGUGAUAAUUUUGGUUGUUGAGCUAAGCGAAUUAAAUUAUAUGUGACCUGGAGAAA